AUGACAAGCAACAAGAGCUGUUUAUGUAAUUUGAAAAACCUCCAAGAGUUGGAUAUUAGCCGAAACAGCUUCAAAGGAUCUAUUCCUCCAUGUAUCAGCAAUUUAACAUCCCUCCGUCUCCUCAAACUUUCUGAAAAUAACCUUUCGGGAACCAUUCCUUUUGAUCUCCUUAGGCUCAAGUCCCUCGAAUACCUUUCCCUUUCUCUGAACCAUUUUGAAGGGUCCAUCUCAUUGAGUUUAUUUGCUAACAAAUCCAAUCUUGAAGUUCUUGAACUUGAUAGCCUUAAGGAGUUGCAUGUAGACACAGAAAAUACACCCUGGAAACCUCUGUUUCAGCUAAAAGUCCUACGACUAUCAAACUGCAAUCUCAAUGAGCCAAGUAGAUCUAUUCCGAGCUUUCUUUUGACCCAGCAUGAUUUAAGAGUUGUUGACCUCAGUAACAAUUCCAUGGUUGGAAAUCUUCCCACCUGGUUACUGAAAAACAACACAAGAUUGGAGUUCCUUAGUCUUGCACAGAACUCAUUCACGGGUCAAUUUGUGUUACCUGCUGAUUCUAAAAAUCCUGAUUUGUUUUGGCUUGAUGUGUCUAAGAAUGAUUUUCAAGGCCUUCUUCCAGCAUCUAUUGGCCAUAUUUUCUCAAAUUUGGGGUAUUUGGACAUGUCGAGGAACUCAUUUCAAGGUAAUAUUCCUCAUUCAAUCGGCAACAUGAGUGAGUUAACGUCACUGGAUUUGUCGAGCAACAAUUUCACUGGAGAAUUACCUGAACGCUUGGUUAUGGGCUAUAACCAAUUGUUUACACUGAAGCUUUCACAUAAUAAUCUGCAGGGCCAGUUAUUUCCCAAAAAAUGGAACCUCACAUCGCUCAGGUUGUUGUAUUUAGAUAAUAAUCUUUUUUCCGGAAAGUUGUUACCUGGACUUCAUACAAACUAUGACUUGAGAGGGUUGAAUCUAAGCGAUAACUUGAUCUCGGGAAAACGACCUGGUUGGAUGGGGGACUUUUCUUCCCUUUUGUUCCUUGAUGCGUCCCGGAACUUGUUCAAAGGUCCUAUACCAGUGGGUUUUUGCAGACUUGUUGAACUGAUAGUAUUAGACCUUUCAUGGAAUAGUCUUUCUGAUAAAAUUCCUCCUUGUUUCAAUUUAUCAUCACUAAGUUAUUUAAGCCUUCACAAAAAUGAACUGUCAGGACCUUUGCCAGGAGCUCUUUAUAGAUCAUCUUCCCUUGUGACACUGGAUAUUGGGGAUAAUAAACUAUCAGGGGAAAUUCCAAAGUGUAUCAACCUACUCCCAAAUUUGAGGUUUCUUUUAUUAAAUAGAAACAAUUUUGUAGGUUCCAUUCCUUUUCAGCUAUGUCAGCUUCAUAACAUCAACAUAUUGGAUCUUUCUUUCAAUAGCAUUUCUGGUCUAAUACCUUCAUGUUUGAAUGAUAUACCAUUUGGUCAUAGACAAGUACACGAUCAAAUAUUUGAAAAUAUGAUAUUUGAUUGGAACUUUUCUAGAUCCUUGAACUACGAAUAUCAAAGCAUAAUUCGUAUAGAUCAAUAUGUUUCAGAUCGAGUUCGGCCAUCACAUGUGGUAGAAAUAGAAUUCAUCUCAAAGAGUAGGCUUGAUUCAUACAAAGGAAGCAUCUUGGAUUUCAUGUCGGGGAUCGAUUUUUCUAGGAAUAGAUGGACAGGUCCAAUUCCUUCUGAACCUGGGUUCCUAAGUGAUAUUCAUACUUUAAAUUAA